GCUUCUCUUAGCGGCAACAAUUACCUCUAUGGGAGCCGGUGUGACAAUGCCGAUCAUGAAUGUGGUAUUCGGCCGCAUGGUUGGAUCGUUCACCGGAUAUUACGGUGCAGACGCAGCCACCACAUAUGAGUUGUUCAGAAACUCUAUCAGCACCUGCGCUUUGUAUCUUUUGGGUCUGUUCUUCAUCAGGCUUGUGCUAGACUACGUCGCCUAUAUGGGGUUCCGAAUGUGCAGCUUGAGAAUCUCAGCUGCAAUUCGGCUCCGCUAUAUGAAGUGUCUCUUCGGCCAGCCAGUCUCAACUCUUGAUGUUCUCCCCCCUGGUCAGACAGCAGCCAUCAUAACUAUCACAGCGAGCGUCCUCCAGGCCGGGAUCUCGGAAAAGCUCUCAGCGUUUCUCCAGGCUCUCUCCACCGUCGUUUCCGCACUUGUUAUCGCUAUGAGCUACAGCUGGAAGUUGACUCUGAUCACCAGCAGCGGGCUGGUGCUUAUCACAGUGGUCUACGCCGUCACCACGCCGUUCUUAGUCAAGAUUUUGAAUGACGUGCAACAUGCCGACAUCCAGGCUUCAACCACUGCGAACGAGCUUUUCAGCUCCAUCAGAAUGAUUGCAGCUUGCGGGGCCGAAGAAAAGAUGGCCAAGCGGUACUCUGGCUGGGUUGACGAAUCUCGCCGCCGGGGACUGAAAAUGUCCCCGCUCAUUGCCGCGCAGCAAGCUCCGAUCCAAUUUGCUGUUUAUGGGACCUUUGCGCUUUCUUUCUGGUACUCUCUCAAGAUGUAUUUGGAGCUUCAGUUUAACAGUGCUGAGACUUUGAUUGUUGUUCUCAUGUCUGUCAUGCUGAUGACAACUUCAAUCGGCGGAAUCACCGCGCCGCUUGCCGCUGCUGCCAGAGCGGCAGGCGCGGCUACAGUGUUCUAUACCAUCAUAGAUGCCCCCAGGCCGGACAAAAGCGGUGUUAAAGAGCCCGAGGUUUCGGCGUCAGAGGACAUUGUUCUCCAAAAUGUCAACUUUGCGUACCCAACCAGACCGGACAUAAAGGUUCUGGAUGACUUGAGCCUCCAAUUCCCGGUUAGUAAAAUCACCGCCAUAGUUGGACCGUCGGGUUCGGGAAAGAGCACAAUCGUGGGGCUUCUGGAGCGAUGGUAUGAGAUCGAGGCUCUUGAGAGCAAUGCUAUGAGCCUUUACUGGCGCAAUGGUUAUGUUGGAGUCGGCGGGCGCCCUUUGAGAGAGAUUGAUCUCAAGUGGUGGAGGACGCAAAUCGGCCUUGUCCAACAAGAGCCGUUCCUCUUCAACAACAGCAUUUACGUUAAUGUUGAAUUUGGCCUCAUUGGCACUCAGUGGGAGGACGCCGACUUGGAAACGAAAAAAGACCUGGUGAAACAGGCAUGUAAAGAAGCUUUUGCUGACGAGUUCAUCAACCGCUUACCAGAGGGAUAUUCGACAAUUGUUGGUGACUCGGGCAUUAAGCUAAGCGGCGGCCAGCGCCAGCGCCUUGCUAUCGCACGGAGCAUUGUCAAGCGCCCCAAGAUACUGAUCCUCGACGAAGCCACAAGCAGCAUCGAUGUGCGUGGCGAACAGAUGGUCCAAGCGGCCUUGGACAGGGUAUCUAAAAACAGAACAACUAUCAUGAUUGCCCAUCGCCUUGCGACAAUCAAGAAGGCAGACAAUAUCAUCGUUUUGCGAAAAGGCAAGGUUGUCCAGCAAGGCACACAUGAGGACAUGAUGGCGCAAGAAUCAGGGGCCUACUGGACUCUGGCAACUACUCAACAACUUACCAUGGAGUCACCUGUUGAUGAGGACGAAGUGAAAGCACAUUCCCUAGACAUUGAGGUUACAGAGAAGAAGAGCAUGGCCACCAUUGGCACAGAUGCCACAACGUAUAUCGAGACAACCACGAUUGUCUCGGACGGUGAGCCUGAGAAAAAGGCGAGAGGCAUAUGGGGCAGCUUCGGAUUGCUGCUUCGGGAACAAAGCAUGCACUGGAGAUGGUACAUUGUUCUCAUGCUAGGCGCCGUGGGCGGCGGCGCAAGUCAACCGAUACAAGCUUAUCUAUUCGCCACUGAACUCACGCUGUUUCAGUUCUGGGGCCCGUGGCUCCCGGAACUCGCCAACUUUUGGAGCCUAAUGUUCGUGAUGCUCGCAAUAUUUGUCGCAAUAAGCUACUUUGCUCUGGGAUGGGCUUCCUCAACGAUUGCGUUUCACAUAACCCACUAUUACCGUACUGAGUACUUCAACAACAUUCUGUCCAAAUCUGUGGCUUUUUUCGAUGCCGAUGAGCACUCCGUCGGCGCUCUCACUGCCCGGCUCGCCACAGACCCAAGCCAGCUCCAGGAGCUGCUGGGAACCAACAUGGCCUUUGUAAUCAUUUCGAUUCUCAAUGUCGUCGGCUGUCUGUCGAUAUCCUUCUACUUUGGGUGGAAACUUACCGUUGUCACUCUUUGCUCGUCAAUGCCGCUCAUCAUCGCAGCGGCCUUCCUUCGCAUCCGAUACGAGGCCCAAUUUGAGAAGACGAACAAUGAGGUCUUUGCGGAAAGUGCCAAGUUUGCAACCGAGUCGAUUGGCGCCUUUCGGACAGUCUCAUCGCUGACACUUGAAGACACAAUCAUUCAACGCUAUGAGACACUGCUACAGAAUCACAUCAGCAAAUCGUUUCUCAAGUCCAGCUGGACAACGUUUGUCUUUUCUGCGGCAGACAGCAUUGCAUUACUUUGCAUGGCUUUCAUCCUUUGGUACGGAGGUAACCUCAUGCUUAACCACGAAUACUUGCCGUUCCAGUAUAUGAUCGUCUAUAUUGCUGUCCUCCAGGGCGGCCUUGGGGCUGGACAAUGGUUGAGCUAUGGUCCCAAUAUCGCAAAGGCAUCUGUCGCUGCAAGCCGAAUCAUUGAUAUGAGAUUUGAUGACCAUAUUGAUGGAAAGCUUGUCUCGCUCGACUUUGGAAACCUGGGGGAGGAUGAUAUGGGGGUCAAGAUACAGUUUCAAAACGUCUGGUUUAGGUACCCCACGCGGGACGUGCCCAUAUUGAAUGGCCUCAACCUAACAAUCGAGAAAGGCCAGUUUGCUGCAAUCGUCGGCCCGUCUGGAUCCGGAAAGACGACCGUCAUCUCUUUGCUUGAAAGAUUCUACUCACCCAAAGCGGGUCGAAUUCUGUAUAACGGCUUGGACAUUGCAGAUAUGGCGCUAAGCAGCUACCGCAAGGACAUCUCACUUGUGGCUCAAGAACCCAAUCUUUUUGGUGGAAGUCUUCGAGAGAACAUCCUCGUCGGCGUUGACGAGGAGACCACGACAGAAGAGCAGCUGCACCAGGCGUGUCGCGACGCCGAGAUCCACGACUUCAUCGUCUCGCUCCCCGACGGCUACAGCACCGAAGUGGGCCCACGGGGUGUGUCGCUGUCUGGCGGGCAGAAGCAACGCCUGGCAAUUGCCCGAGCGUUGAUCCGGAAUCCGCGCUUGCUACUCCUGGACGAAGCGACGUCGAGUCUGGACGCCGAGACGGAGAAGGCCGUGCAAGCCGUGUUUGAGAAGAACAAGAAGAACAGGACCAUGAUCGUGGUAGCGCACCGCCUCGCCACGGUACAGAACGCCGACGUCAUCUUUGUUAUCAGCGACGGCCGAGUUCUCGAAAAGGGAGACCAUGCUUCGCUGAUCAAGAAGAGAGGCGUAUACUAUCAAAUGGUAAGACAACAACCUCAUUUGAUAGCUGUCUUUGUCUUCCGGCUCCUGCUAACUUAGACCAAGUCUCUCUUGAC